CGUUUUCCUGCAAAGUCUCCUGCAGGCAAGCAAACUGGCCACGUCGGUCUAAAACGCGCUGCAAGUGCCAGCAAGUGACCUGUUUUGUUAUUUUGUUCCAUCUGUCUCUCUUUACAUUCUGAACAUUAGGACUCGAGUGCUGCAAAGCCUACACCAGCCAUCAUGGCAAAUUACCAUUAUGACGAAGCCGGCACGAUGGCAGCCUACUUCGUCAUAACCGUCCUCGCUCUCGUACUCAUUCCAAUGACCCUUUCAUCUCUGUCGUCCUCAUCUUCAAAGAAGGAAACUUUGGACGGGUGCCAGUGCCAGCCUUGCCUCGAAAUGAGGAUUCGCAUCAGACAGCGAGAGCAAGGUUCACUGUGGAAACCUAGAGUCAGCACAAAUGAUCAUAGGUCUCUCUUCAUUGUCUUGGGAUGGUCACUUUUUGCGUUCCUUACUCGCAAAGCUAUGAAUGCCAGUGUUGAAGGCAAGGUUUAUGAUCCUUUUGAAAUUCUUGGUCUGCGUAAUGGCGUAACAGAAAAAGAAAUCAAAUCCCACUUCAAAAAACUAUCGCGCUUAUAUCACCCUGAUAAAGUCAAAGCUUCAAUCAAUGAAACAGCAGAAGACAUUGCCGCUCGAUUUGUAGAUAUCACAAAAGCUUAUAAGUCACUUACGGAUGAAACAAUACGCCAGAAUUGGGAACUUUACGGCCAUCCUGACGGUCGCCAAGAAGUGUCGAUGGGUAUAGCACUGCCAAAAUGGAUUAUCGAGGGAAAGAAUAAUAUCUGGGUACUCGGGUUAUACGGAUUGAUAUUCGGUGGUGCGCUACCUGCUCUAGUGGGUCGCUGGUGGUUUGGUAGUCGUCAAAAAACUAAAGAUGGCAUAAAUGCACUUACUGCGGCCAACUUUUUCAAGUCGCUAAAGGAGGAAUCUGGUAUGAAAGAUGCUGUAAGCUCGCUGGGCAGGGCAUUCCGCUGGGAGAUUACAAAUUCCCCAAGCACGCAGCAGCGUGAGCUAGAUUCAUUGGAUGCACAAAUUAGUGAGAAACUGGGUCAAGACUGGAACGAUAUCAAGAAAAUGGUGGGAACAGAUGGAAAAUUAGAUGAACGAGAAAGAAAAGCCCUGAUUUUCCUAUAUUCACACUUCCUGCAUCUCCAGCUUCCUUCGUCCAUCGAACGUGAGCAAACAGACGUUAUACUGCAGACGCCUUUACUUUUGAAUGCAUUGUUAAACAUUGCCGCUUCUCGAAGUUGGCUGUCACCAACACUUUCGGUGAUGCGCUUGCAUGCAUGCAUGGUGCAGGCUUCGCUCCCCGAAAAGGAAGGUUCCCCAUCAGACGACUUUUCAAGUUUAGGCCGCAAAUCUGACGCCGUGAAAGACAUCAUGAAAGGAGACUAUAACAAUAAGCCCGAGCAAGCGCAAAAAGUUCUUCAAAAUAGAUGUCGUUUAGAUAUCGUCGAUGUAUCAUUCAAAGUGAUUGGCGAACGUUUAGUCACCCCUUCUUCCAUUGUUUUCCUUUUCGUCAAGUUACGCCUGUGUCCUUUAUCGGCAGAAUCGGCAGCAACAGGAAGUGCCAAUAAAGAUCAACCAGGCAGUUCAAACGAUCGAGAUGACGAAUUUCUGAACAGCAAAAAAGAUGCUGAAGAUUUGGAAGGUAAUGCAGGUGGCUGGGCACACGCUCCGUUUUGGCCAGGGUAUCGCAAAGCCGGCUGGUGGCUCGUCCUUGCUGAUGAUAAAUCCAACCGAAUUGUUGUUCCACCAAUGAAAGUAACUGACAUUCCUGUGUCGAACUCUAAUCAGGACGGAGAUUACCGGUCCUACAAGCUACAGUUCCAAGCACCCCAAAACGUGGGGCUGUUCACUUGGAAAAUCUACUUCGUCAGUGAUACAUUUGUCGAUGAAGAAAUUUGCAGAGAUAUUUCGCUCAAGAUCGAUGAUGUUGCUGCUCUCACCGCCGACGAGCAAGCGGCUGAAGAUGAUAUUUCAGAGCCCGAGGAGGAUACUUUAGCUGGCCAAAUGGCAGCCAUGCGUGGUGGGUCUGUCAAGAGAAGCCAGGGUGGGAUGGAGCAGAGCGACGACGAAAGUAGUACAGAUGAUGACAGAGAUAGUGAAGGUAGUACAGAUAGUGAUAGUGACUAAUAAUGGUUGGUACCCGUACCAGCUCAAUGUAAACCUGUGAGCCUUGUACGCUACUUGCUGUUGAGUCUUUAGAAAUGUUCUUCAUAGUGUGUCAACGGUUAUUGCGCUGCGCCGAGUACAGGGACAUGGAAAAUCGAACGAGUAUGAAUUUCUGCCCUGAUCUGGUCUGUAUAUAGAACGGAGUGUAUCAAUGCGAUUGAAUGAGUCG